AUUGAAAUUCAGUCCAUAAAAAAUGUUACAGAGGGAACACAAAGAAGAGGCAGUGCCAACACGACCAAACUUUCCUCCCAUCAUCAUAAUCAGCAGCAGCAGCGUAGCUUGCUGUGAGUGAGUAUAUGUGUGCGCGCGUAUGCGUGUGCUUGUGCAGUCAGAUCUUGCGCAGCGAGAAAGAUCACCCCGGUCCACACUGGUUUGUGUUUUUGGAGGCUAACCUGUGGGUCGGUGCACCGCUGUGAAAAGCAUGAAAAUUGGGAACCAGCAUCUCACAGGACGAGUGAGAGGAAGGUGCGCACCAGCGAGCUGAACCCUCAGGCCUUCACCAGUGGACAUGGGAAUGUAGCACCUGUGUGUGAGCGCCGAGCUCCAGACUUUUGUGUGUGUAUGCAAGCGAGGAGAAGUUCCCUUCUCAAAGAUCUGACAGCCUUGGUCGGACAUCAAGGUCCUGAUGUCCAGUUUUGCAUCACGGUGCCAUUUAGUUGCAGCCAACUCCAGACGGACCUUGAAAUGUUACACAGCUUUAAAGAACCCCGGACAAAGAACUUUACAAGAAAAAAGGAGAACAAAGUCGCUUCAUCAUUGGCUGUUAGGGAACCAUGUGCAGUUCCCUGAGCCCCAAACAGCCCAGCGGGCCCGGCCUGACAGACAUGCAGCAGUACCAACAGUGGCUUUCCAGUCGACAUGAGGCCAGCCUGCUGCCCAUGAAGGAAGACCUGGCCCUGUGGCUCACUAAUAUUCUUGGUCUGGAAAUCACUGCUGAGAGCUUCAUGGACCGCUUAGACAAUGGCUUCCUGUUGUGCCAGCUGGCUGAGACACUGCAGGAGAAGUUCAGGCAGAGUAAUGGAGAUCUGCCUACCCUUGGCAACAGCAAGAGAAUUCCCAAUCGGAGGAUACCGUGUCGGCGGAGCGCACCAUCCGGCUCUUUCUUUGCACGGGACAACACAGCCAACUUCCUGGCCUGGUGUCGUGAGGUCGGAGUUGGAGAAACAUGUCUGUUUGAAUCAGAGGGUUUAGCAGUAGGUGUAACAACAUCAGUUCUUCAUAAGCAGCCACGAGAAGUGUGCCUUUGUCUUUUAGAGCUGGGCCGGAUAGCAUCACGGUACAAUGUGGAGCCUCCUGGCCUUAUAAAACUGGAGAAAGAGAUUGAGCAAGAAGAGAAAGCGCCUCUACCUCCUCCGUCACCUGUAUCUCCAGCUCAGCCUGUCCCUCCAUCACCCUCUUCAUCUCCUUCUCCAUCCCCUUCCCCAUCCCCAUCCCCAUCCCCAACUCCUACCAAAGUUACGUCUAUCAAAAAAAGCACAGGGAAGCUGUUGGAUGAUGCCGUAAGACAUAUCGCCAAUGAUCCACCUUGCAGAUGUGCAAAUAAGUUCUGUGUAGAGAGACAGUCGCAGGGUCGAUAUCGUGUUGGAGAGAAGAUGCUCUUUAUUCGGAUGCUGCACAAUAAGCACGUGAUGGUGCGAGUCGGUGGAGGCUGGGAGACCUUUGAGAGCUACCUGCUGAAACAUGACCCAUGCCGCAUGCUCCAGAUUUCCAGGGUGGAGGGCAAGAUAUCCCCCAUCAGCAGCAAGUCCCCUAAUAUCAAGGACCUCAGCCCUGACAGCUACCUGGUGGUGGCAGCGCACUACCGCAGCAAAAAGUGAAGACAUGAGACUGAAAAAAAAUGCCAUUAAUAAAAGGACAGAUUGACUUUGUGCUGUUUUUUACUGGGUAGAGAAGGGGGCGUAGCUAUGCAACAUAUCCCUGUUCUCAUAAAGUAAAUAUUAAAGCUGUAGUGCAACACCAUUCACAGAAAGCACAUUUUUGUCAUAGUGAUGAUUUUGUUUUGUUGGUUAAAGAUCAUUCUUGGGUGUUUUGAUUUGAUUGGGCCUGGACACAUAUUAGUAGGCCUCUGGGUGUUAUUUACUUUUACAUAACGGCAAACAGCUUUGAAAAACAUGCUCAUUAUUAUUGUCACAGUAUAAUUGGUUAACUCAUAAUUAGUGCAAGGGAAGGUGUAGAUUUUCUUGAGAUUUGAGAUUUUCCUGUUUUUAUUGCAUCUGAGGCAAUACCACAUAUGGUAGGUAGAACACUUUUAUCUUUUAGCUCCUCAUAUAAAUAUCUGUAUUUGUACAAGGUAAAAACACAAGGUUUUUUUUUUUUACAUGAAAUGAAGUGGGUGCUGGAGAUGUUGGCAAUUUUCUGAAGCCAGUAUUCUUUGGUACCUUGAUGUGGAUUCUAUUGAUUUGUCUGUGCUAGUGUUGUUUUCCCUUUUUUUUUUUUUUUUUAAAUUUCCCAUCAAACUGAUCUUCUUAUCUACAUUUUUAAUAAUACACAGACCCUAUUGGGCUGUGACUCAAAUGGGAUUUUAUCUCCCGCGUUACAAGAAUAAUUUAAACCCAAUGACAUUUAAAUGCUUUAUUUUAUACAUUUAAAUUCUUGUAAAAACUCUCAUAAAACCUAAAUUUAUUCACAAAAUGUUAUAGCUUUUUCUUUGUGCAUUUCUUAGGCUUAGGCUAACAAAAAUGAAGCAAUGCUCAUAUUGUUUACAUUUUGCAUAACUGUUCUAUGCAGUACAUUUAUAUAUUAGCGUUUUGAUUGUAUUAUUCAUUACUAGAAUAGAUCCCGUGUGUAAUGAUAUCUUCAUCCGACAAUCACGUUCGAAUCAGCUUCACUAGCUUGUGAUUUAUAAAUAGAUUGACUCAUUUAAGGUCUCACGUUCUUCACUGUGUCGUAUUACUGACCCCUACAGGUGGUGCAGUGAUUUAAAUACGAUUA